CUGCUCUAAAGUUAAGUUGAACAUAGACAAAAAAAGCAGUCGUGUAUUUUUCACACAACUCUUAAUUUUUAAAUUCUCUUUUACCGGAUGUGUUGAAUCGAGCUUUCCAAGCGUGACACUCACUAAAGCAGGGGCUGUGUAUUAAUUGUGUGUUACGGUAGCAGACAGCACACAGGCACGGUCAACCUCUGGUUCUUGUCCCACUACUGACGGCCCCGCGGCGGUGUAUGAACAGGCAAUCAUGUCCGUGGACGACGUGUACGUGCUGCGCCCCUUCAAGCUGAUCGCUCUGCUGUGUGUCUUCUUGGCUCUGUGUCUGGACCUGGUGGCUCUGCUUAGUCCAGCCUGGGUCACCGCCGACCACUUUUCCCUGUCUUUGUGGGAGUCUUGCUCCCAGUCCGAGGCGAGGCAGCCGGACGAGGACGCUUCGUGGAGCUGCUUCUCCACCCUCACAUCUGACUGGCAGAUCGCCACCUUGGUGCUGCUCCUGACCGGCGCCGUGGCAACCUUGGUGGCCUUCUUGGUGGGGCUCAUUUCUCUGUGCCACGGGACGCAGAGAAAACACUACCGCACAGUGGCCGUGUUCCUCUUCACUGCAGUUGUGCUGCAGGCCUGCGCUCUAGUCUUGUACCCCAUCAAGUUCAUCGACGGGACGGUCCUGCAGACGUACCACGAGUUCAACUGGGGCUACGGCCUCGGCUGGGGAGCCACCAUCUUCAUGCUGGGCGGAGGAGUCCUCUUCUGCCUGCGGACUGACAUAUAUGAGGACGCCAUGUACUGAUACAGCCCUCUCCCUCACCACACACAACUAUAACUCUGUACAUAAACCUUUCCCGGCCCUCUUGGUUAUUUUUAGUUCGGUUGUGAAGACCCAAACUAGGCCAGGGCUGUUUGAAUAGACCCCCCCUCUUCGGUCAGGGUGAGCUUUCUGGAUGAGCACGAGUUGCUGGACAUUUCCACUGCAUGGUGACCUGCACUGCUGUCCAUUGUUGGACAAGCGGGACGGUCUGCUGAACAUUUAAAGGCACCGGUGUGCGGCCAUGUGUCAUUCUUGUAGGGUUUCACAAGUAGGGGCUCGUUUUUUCAUGUAUUCAUGGCACCACUUUCCUCAAACAUAUCAUAAUUAGUAUGGCAGCUUUUAUAUAUGCUGGAUAUUUAUAUACUGUAGGUCGUUUGUCUCACGUUAUGAUCAUGUAAAUGUGUACAAAGUGUUUCUACAUGAAGGAAGUUCUUCAAUUAAAAAAAAAAAAGUGUAGUUUUUACGAGUGCCGAGUUAUUGUAUACUGACACCAGAGGUUGACCCGCAUGUAAAAAAAGCAUGGGGGGGGAGGUGCCCCACCUUUUAGACUGUUUAUUAUUGACUGGUACACAUUCCACACUGGUUGCAAAUUAAUCACAAUAACCAUUUUGUCCCGCAUUUCACUUUUAAAGCAUCUACAUUUGUACAGCGGCACCUCGGUUUUAUUCAUUCGUUUCGAAAGGUCAGACAAAAACCCGCAGGGAAUAACAUACAGCCAACUAAUCCGCUCCCAAAAAAUACAAUUCAUAGAUAAUAAUUGUCGUUUCACAUGCAGAAAACAAUACGAGAUAAUUCUAAAUGACAAACGGGUGGAACUUACUGUUUAUGCGGAAUUCCUGCACGUCUUGGCGACAUCAAUUCCAAUCGUGUUUCUCACCUUCUUGAUCAGAGUGCUGGUACUUGCCCCCAUGGUGGGUUAUUUAGUGGUCGCACCCAAUAAAAAAAUGCACGUACGGUGAGUCGGUAGGGUGCUUUGUUUGGGCACUCGAUUUUGCAGAACAAUACAGUACAGGACAAACGGACUCGUUUGUUACGUGCAAUAUUGUAUGAAACCGGAAGCUAAAUUUUCGACGUAAACUGAAUUAUUUGAAAACCAGGGCAUUCGACACCAAAGCUUAGUUAUACAGUAUUUAUUGUGUUUAUGUUAACUAGGCUGGAUGUUAAGUGUGAAACAGAAGGCAAAGUCGCACGUUGACAGCCUGGUGAGAAGCUUUCACCCCUGCAGCAGCUGCUCGAAGAAACUCCGCAGCUGUGAAAAGUGACCACAUUCUCUACAAGAUUCUCACACGAGAACACACACACACACACACACACUGGGAAAAUCCCAAAUAUCUUCAUCUAUGCAGUGAUGCUGCAUUUGAGUUUUUUUAGUGGUUUUCUUAUAAUAGCAACCUGAAACCUGAGCUGGUUGGAGGACUGGUGGUUGCAUAACAGGCGCAGUUGCCAGGCAAUCAUUUGGGAAUAAGGAAAAUAGAAGUACAGUACACCAGCAUUACCAUAACUUCAUGUUUAGUAUUUGAAUCGUGUAGAACUGCGUAAACCGCACACAUCAUACCGACUGCUGUCCCAAACGCGCAGGUGCAGCUCAGUGUUUUUUUUAGUAUCUUUGAAAAGCUGAUUUAGUUUGGUAGUUCACUUCCAAUGUGAAACUCUUAUAUCGUCCAAAUUCACUACACACGGAGUACAUUUCAUAUCGUUUUGAUGAUACAGCUAAUAAAACCACAAAUUCAGUCAUAAAAUGAGAAAAAUUGUCCAAAAGUUCCAUAUGGUAAAUCUAAUCUCUAAUCAGCAGAUGAGAUGCAAAAAGACGCACCUGUACUGGUUGCUUUAAUACUGGGGUGUCCAAACUUUUUCCACCGAGGGCCACAUACUGAAAAAUCAAAGAAUUCUGAGGCCAAUUUUACAUUUUGUAAACCAACCCGUGUAGAUAUGCAAAGAUGUUGUUCAUAUUUAAAGAAAAAAAACAGCUUGCAUCUCAGCUUCGAGUUACUGUUAGUAUGAACUCUUUCUCCUUACAUUACACUUUUUUGCUCGUUUUUCUUCUUUUUUUUUUGGACAAAUAUUUCAACUUCCUUCUUGCACCUUUUUUUGGUAAUAUAAUGUCUUUAUUUUCAAAAUAUUUUGGAUUUAUUAUGGUAAUAUUAUAACUUUUACCCAACCUAAUUUUCCUAAAAUUGCAACCUUAUUGUUUUGUUAGUUUCUCAUAUUUUGACUUUUUGAAAGAUUUACAUAUUUUAGUUUUUAAUAUUUAAACUUUAUGCUAUUUCUCUCUUGAUAU